CCAAAAGAAACAACAGAUUCAAAAAAGCAAACUCCCACCGUUAAUUCGAAUCAUAAAGCGUGUGUAGAAAGGUUAAGGGUGAAGACAACAUUUAAGUAAAAUUUAGUUGCAUUUGAAGCAUAAAGUUUAAAUUGGACACGCGUUGGGGGACUUGUGUUUGCAACAAUUCAGCCACGGUGACGAUUCUGUUGUGACACAGGUCAUAUUUGUUCAAAAUGUGAGCAACGAGGAGUGAAUCGCGUCUCAUUUCUCCACAUAUUUGUCCUUUAUCGUUCUUCAAUGGGAUCUCCGACGGUGAGGAGUUGACAUGUGAAUAGAGAUAGGGUUGCAAACAAAAGAAUGAAAGGUCCUCCCCGGCGUCUGUUAGCAAAACCGGAUAUACUUAAGAGUGCACGUUCUGAUGUCAUUCGGCGACUCCCAGUCUCUUGUUUAUUCGGGCAGCUGAGCCGCAUCUGACUUCAACAAGCGACGCAUUCAUGAUGGACGAAUUCGAAGAUGGGGAAGCCCCUCCGGUUGGAGAGCUAUCUCAGUGUAACACCUGUAAAAGAAUGUUCUUUCCCAAUGUCCUGGAGAGGCAUUCCAAGAUCUGCCAAAAGUCAGCAUCCAAGCGGAGGAAGGUUUUUGAUUCCAGCAGGCAAAGAGCGGCCGGCACGGACAUCCCCACCCUCAAACCUCUUAAACCGAAGGCAGAGCCCCCAAGGAAACCAUCCAAUUGGCGCAAGAAACGUGAGGACUUAAUCGCGGCCCUCCACGCAUCCAGGGCCACCAUGAGGGCCAUGAAGAAAGGUGCACCUUUGCCCCCACCUCCUCCUCCUUCUUAUGACCCAGACUUAAUCCAGUGUCCCUACUGUCAGCGGCGCUUCAAUGAAAAUGCCGCCGAAGGGCACAUUAAGUUCUGUCAGGAUCAGGCUUCAAGGAUGGGAAACAGGAACAAGUUGGCCAAUGCCAAGAAAACUCCGACUCGCGCGCAGUACAAGCCCCCCACCCCUGUCAAGAAGGUCAACUCCGCAGUGUCAACCAUCCCUUCGGCCUCUUCUCGUCUGCCUCAGAGAUCAGGCCUUGCCCAAGCUACUGGAGUCCCUCCCAUUAAGGCUUCCUCUGGAGCUUCUGUGAGGACAAACACAUCAGGGAUCAUGAGUCCUGCUUCUGGUGUGGGAACAAAAGGCCGAGUAAUGGGCUCUGGAUACGGUUCAGUGAGGACCACUACGCCUGGAAGAGGACAACUGAACAAGAAGAAACAGGAAGACACUUCCAUCACCAGGGAUGCUGUCAACGGCAGUAACGAUUUGGACAAUGAUGAGAGAAAGAGCAAGUUUUGUCACUCCUGUGGGACGAGGUACCCAGUAGAAUCUGCAAAAUUUUGCUGCGAGUGUGGCAUCAGAAGGUUGUGUAUCUAAAAUACAGGGACUGAUGGAACAAUAUUUGUCAAGACUAAUAUUUUUUUUUCAUGCAUGGUUUAUGAUUUAUUCGUCGUCCCCCAUCGUUUCAGUCCCAACGUCUAUAUUGAUAAUUCAAAGCUAUUAAUUAAAAAUGCAUCAGCUCAGGAUUAUUUUUUAAUGGCAGAAGUAUGAUGGGUGCUUGAUGUGUGGUUAUUGGAGCAUUUUGAGUAACAUGUUACAUAAAUAUCGAUCCGACAAUCGGAUUCACCCAUCUGCUACAAUAUUGAUAAAGCUUUCAAACUGUAUUUGCUGAAAAAGCUGUGACAUGUGGCUUUUAAAAAGUGCUGUUCUUGUGUUCUUGGACUAUGAUUGGAGUCAUUGUACCACAUAUCUGUGUCUCAAUUUGAACUAUCCAAUAUUAUUUUUAUUCUUAGUAACUAAUAGUGACACAACAGUCUUAAGAGAAAUUAGUUCCCAGAUGUGAUAAACUGUUUCUAGCAUUCUUCCCUCAAAGUACACUUGAAAGAACUGCAGCACACACACUUUCAUUAAAAUCACUACAUUUUAUUUUUCCGGGACACGGGGGUGACAUUGUUGAUAUUUGCUUUAACACAGGAGCAAGUACCAACAAUGGCUUUUGUCGUCAACUAUGACGACCAGAAGUAGAGCUAAGACCUUGGGAUAAAAUGAGAGCUACCCAGUGCUGCAAACAACAAAACGAGACUUUGUUGUUGUAUACAGUGACUUUUCAGGCCCCACUAGUGACUAUUUCCUAAAUCAGUGACAACCAAAAGUCUGGCAACUUUUUGGGGUGUUACUAUAGACUCGUGGUCAAUUGUAUUCCCUCCAGAAUCAGAAUUAGCUUUAUUGGCAAAUGUGUGCAGUUCUGUGCAUAUAGCAGACAGUAAACUCGUACCCCAGGCCCCCACAUCAAUUACUGAAGUAGAUUUCCCACAUUGUUCCCUUUUCAAAGUGUUUUUUCUUUUUAAAUUGGUCAGUUAUUGACAAUCUUGCGAAAAAUUGUGAGGGGAAAAAAACUGUAAUCCGUGACAUACACAUAUUUGUCAAUAUUUAUAGAGACUUUUCCAAACCAAAAUGUACCAUUUAAAUAGUGCAGGGGGGGUGCUACAAUAAUAGCCCAAUGUAACAUCCUUUUGCAAAAUUGUUUAUCAUUUUAAACAUUUAAGUUGACAAGAUGACUUGGAUUCAGUCAAAGGACGCAAAACAGAGAGGGUUGGAUAAGGAAUCAUCUUGGAUCUUUCUUUGAAUACAGUAGUCCCUCCACUUACGAAAUUAAUCUGUUCCGGAAGUUGUUUUGUUAUGUAAAUCUUUCAUAAGUAGAAGCACAUUUUACAUGUAAAUAGCCUAAUCUGUUCCAAGCGCCCCCGACUCCACAAAAAUAAGCAUUCAAAGUACAUAAUGAAAAAAUAAAAAUUAUGUUCAUUUACCUUUGGUGUUGGGCGACUAUGCGAAGAGAAGAGUGAGUGACUAGGAAAAGGCAUCAUGGGGGACAGAGGCAAGGCAAAUGUUUGACAGCUGAGAGAAAAAAUACGUAUGCACACAACUUAAUUCAGGUAAAGAAAGGAAAAAAAAAAUCUCACGAAAAAUUAUACUUUACCAAUGCGUGCUAGUGUGUGACAACGCAGGCAUGAUUCGGUGACGCACCCCUUUUAGACCAAGAUACAGGAUGUUUACGUUGGGUGGAAUUUGGGGGCUGCGAGUCCAGCGCCCAUUUUUUUCCUUUCAUAUCCUGAAUUUUCCUUCGUAACAAGAGUAUUUUUCUGAGGAGGCGUUUUGUAAUCUGAAUUUUUCAUGACUAAAGACAUUUGUAAUUAGAGUUACUCCUGUCCAUGAAAAAUGAUGAAUGUUGGGUGAAUUAGGAGUGCGAUUGGCAUCAUGAACCCCCCCACACCCCAUGUAACUCAAUCCUCAGUCAAGUAUGGUGGGAACACCUCAAUUUCCUUGGUCCUUCUUCCUGUCAAUAAGUUCACUCUGACUGUUGCGCAACGUAUGUCUAUCAGUUUUUAUUUUUUUUAUGAAAUGACAGACAGAUACCCUGCCCCUUUUAGCUUUUAACGCUGAUGUUUCACCACAAACGUAAGAUUCUCUUAAACCCAUGCAUUCCCUUUUCCUUUUAUGAUGAGUUAUUUAUUCUGUCCUUUUUUCAUCUCAUUUUUUACUGGAUGACUGUGAGUUUGUUAAUCUACUGAAUUUACGUUUUGUUUUUAUUUGUAUUUGUUCCAAGAUUUAUUGCACGUUCCCACCCCCCCAAAUUGUAUUUAGUGCAUUAUUAAAUACAACAAACUUUCAGAGCUUGACAGAAUUUAGUCUGUGUGUUUCAACCAAAGUAUUUACCAGUAAUGUCGCCACAAAAAUGGCGGCCAUACAAUACUGAAAAGGUUGGUCACUUUGUGAAUGAAAUCAUACAAACUCUGGCUGAGUUCAAACUAUCAUGCAUACUUCCCAUGCUUGAUGUUCAUAAAAUACUCAUAUGGAUGGGGGGCAACGGUGUUCCUUUGCUGACUACAAAAAUCACGUGUUUGUGCAACUAAUGCAAUGUAUUGCCUCCAUGAAUAAAACUUUAUGCAGACAA